AUGAGCAGGACGCAGCUUGAGACGUUGCAAGACGAAGUUGCAAUUUUAAGCGAAAAUGCGCUGUCAGAGCAAGAGAAGCAUUUCGGCGAUGCACUGGAUCAGCUACAGGAAAGCGUCAGACAGCUAUCCGAAAACAACGAAUUGGUAGUGGGUUCGAAGAACAACGGACUUAUUGUGGACACGAGCUGCAUACCACAGAGAAUUGACGAUCUGUCUCGGCUGACAGAUAAUUUGAAAGAGCUUCAUCUCGAGCAAGAGACCCUUGACAAUUUUCUGAGAUAUACGAUGUCCAUUCAGGACAUCACGCAACUAGAAGCGCUGGACGAAGCAAAGAUAAAGAUUUUACGCGAGGAAGUACGAGAGUCCGAGGAUGCUACGACUAAAGGUUUGAGCGAGGUGAUCGACGCUUUGCAAAAUCAGAUCUCUGAUGUCUCGGGCAGCAUCACCGAGGGCUGGGAAAAUAUUAAUGAAGAAUGUCUGAAUGCUACAAAUAUUCUUGAAGAGUGCUGGUCACUUUUGGAAGAACUCGACGCUAUGAAAAGGGAACAGCAAAAAGAAGCAGAAGCGGCAGCUUUCAAGGUCGAUCCCAUAACAGAAACCUAUGCGGCGUGGAAAAGCAUGCAAGAAAUGGCUUUUCAUGAGACGCGACUAAAAGAGCAAAUAGCGGCUCUUUCUGCCACAAAAGACGCGCUUCAGCAAGAAUCGCGAGGUAAAGCCGAGCAGUCUACAAGUGCCGAUGUAGCCAACAAAUGCCAAACCCUUGACUUGUUAUCGAAGUUUUGGACGAAAAACUUUCUUCCUGAAGAGGCCGACCAGUUAGAUGUGCUUCUGGGAAACGAUUAUGUACAAUUGAGGUGCUAUGGUGUGGAUGUGCUGUUGACAUAUGAUGGAGACGUUGUGACGGAUUUGAAGAUUUUCGGGGACAUGCCACAGCAGAAUGCAGCGGAAAGAGCUGAGCGUGAAAUUUUGAAUAGCGUGAAGGACCGUAAUAUUAAAUCAGCUUUGGUACAUGUACUGAGCGGGAUUAAAAGUUAUGCUAAAGAAAUUUCAGAAAAAAGCUAA